UUUAUCUUUCCUUGGUUGCUUCCAGAAGGUUCGAAGAGAAAGAAAGAGCGGUUCCUUGGAGCAGACUGGUUAAGAUUUGUUCAAUAUUGGGCAUAGCGGGACCGCUAUUUCAAGAAUUGCAGAGGGAAACUGUGCCAGCGGCUUCUCCCUGCGUGUGGACAGUUAACGGCAUCUGUCGACGGCUGCGCAUCGCCAUUUUGAAAAAUGAGCCACGUCCUCGGGGAUGCCGCGUAUCACAACGAGGAGAGCAAGAAAGAGUUUCAAAGUGCCAAGGACAAGCCCGGCAUUCAUAUCUACAAUCCCAAAACACCGGUAGAACUGCAUCUCCCAGGAGGAAUACAGAAGUUCAACGACGUCUUCAUGGAAUGCACCUUUCGGAAGGAUAUGAAGACCGUGUCCUUCGAGUACUGGUGGAGUGCGCGGAUGGACAUGCCGCUGUUGGAGCUGAUCACGGAGCAGAUCAGGCCGGGGGUACUGAACCACACGCUGGACGACUACGACAUCAGGCGCUACAUGAUACCCGAGGUCAGCUACAAGUUCGAGCUGGGCAAGAGGCACGAGCUGCAGUUCCACCUCGGGAUGAAGGAAGGAUUCCCAGUGUACUCGCUCGAGCCGCUAGAUUCUGAAGGGCAUGAAGAGUCUGAAGAGCCUGAACAGCCUGAAGAGCCUCAAAAACCUGAAGAGCCUGAAGAGCCUGAAGAGCCUGAAGAGCCUGAAGAGCCUGAAGAGCUUUCCGAGGACACGGAAUCUACUGCUCCUAAGUUUCGCCUGAAGAGUGUCUAUCAACCAGGGAUCGGAUAUCCAGAGAAGCUGAAGAAUAUAUUGUCCGUAAGAAUCGACGGCAGGUAUUCUCUGUUUGAGCUCCUCGAAAGGUACGCUGACGCCUCACCCUACGACCGCUUCUACAUAAAAGGUGACCUUGACAUAAAAUCGAUCAGAAUUCCUUACGAAGACCCUCUGCCGGUGCCUCUGUCCCUGCCUCUCACCUCAGCGGGAAUACUGAAAGGUGACCUUUACGAGAUAAAAGGGAAGAAUCCAAGGAACGCCGAAGAGUUUCGGCUCGUGUUCGGUGACCAGUCGCUGCAGGUUCCUCUCGGCGCCGAACACGAGGAGUUCGCUCUGGAGGUUACGGGCGAAGAAGACGGCCUUUGCACGGCAAAACUUAACGGUGUCGAACUGCCGGGCGUCAUCAGCAUGGGUCCCUUCCUCGCAGACAGAAUGGUCUUGGAGGGCGACGUGGACUUCCACUGGGUCAUCAUUACCAAACCUGGCGGGCCUGAAGCAGCGAUCGAAGACAGCAAAGAAAAGGAUCCAGCAAAGGAGGAAACCAAGGAGAAAGAUGAAGACUCCAAGGCCUAACAUGACAGUUGCGGCUUCAGCAAGGCAUAUCUGCCUCAAUAAAAUAAACUAGGGUUGGAAUCAACAAA